UGAGUUCUCCAAUUUUCUCAUCUCAUCCCAUCUUUGAGUUCCUCACUAGGUUUGAUUUAAAAAUUACUUUUAAAGAAAAGAAAAUAUCAUGUAUAUAAUCUUUCAAAUUAGCUAAUCCGUUUUGGAAUAGUAAACAUGUAUAUUAUGUGUAUACUAGCCCCAACGAGGCUGUUCUCGCAGAGCAUGUACACACAAAUGCUUUGUGGUCUACUUCGAGCUAUUCAUUUUUUUCAACUCAAUUGGCAAUAACUUGCUAAAGAUAUCGCAGAGUUUCUGACCCUUCAAUUAGGGACUUCAUCUCCAAAAUACUCAAACCAAAUCAUGAACUCGUGGAGUUUCAUUGUCAAGGAAUGCGAAAACCAGAAAUGGGAAGGGAUUAUUACUAGAAUUUGGCCAAAUACAAAGUACUUGGUUGUGAUUGUGACAGGAUUCACCACCCCGUCUCGUGGACCUAGCAAACGUGGAAGUGGGAAAAAAUACGAGCUCAUGAUCACAACCUAUCCUGGUAUAUGUCGUUACAGUGUCGGUGACGUACUCCAGGUCACAGGGUUUCACAACUCUGCCCCUCAGUUUAAAUUCAUAAGAAGAGAAAAUAUGCUAUUGAGCAUUGAUUCGGACACUAGUUGCAAAACACGGUUGAUAGAGCUGCUGCAAUUUUGUGCAUGUACUAUUUGGUCGAGUACAUUAGUUAUGCUGACACUAAAAACCAUUCCAGGACAUUAUGCUAUUUACUGCGAAUUACUUAUUAAAGACCCAACCAAUUCGCCGAGCCACGAGGUUUUGAACCAAUGUUGUUUGGCUAUGGAAGAAUGUUUGAACUUGGUUUAUCGACAGUGCCGAGUUGCAGAUAAUUCAAUUGGACCACUUGAAGUUAGAGUAGUGGAAAACGGUAAUGGACUAUGUAAUUUCUAGAGGUGCAUCUAUAAACCAGUAUAAUAAGGCUUCUAGGUGUGUUAAUUUUAGUAGAAUUUUUAGACUCCAGGGUAAUU